AUGUCAGACGUCAAUCAUAAGCACAUUAUGAGGAAAUUCUACGAUCAGCUCUUAGAAGAGGUUGAUCCAGACAGGGUUGGUACCCAUCUUGCACAAAGUAAAACGAUCACUGAAGCAGAACUACGAGCAUUGAGUAUUCAGAAAGGAAGAACGCAGACGUUGUUGAGGAUGAUAGCCGAUAAAGGACCAGAGGCGUAUGAAGAGUUUGUUAAAGCCUUGGAGAAAUGUAAAUGCUUUGUCGUUUAUUAUCUUCUAAAAGAAGAAAAGGCUAUAGGUGACUGCAAACUAGAAGAAACCAAAGAGGAACUCAGGAAAACUGAAAAAGAGCUCUUACUUGUGAAGAAAAAGGCCGCAAGAGAGAAGGAGACACUUAAAAAAGAUAUUUCAAGUACAAUUGACUAUCGGCAAACAGUCGUCACUGCAGAACAUAUUCUGUUAAUCAUUGAUGACAUAGCACAAAACUGGAGGGAUCUGUGUGUUAGGUUGAAACUUCCAACAUCAGUGAUCGGCAUUAUUGACGCUGAUGGCAAAAAUGUCCGCAACAAAGGCUGGGAGGAGUGCCUCAAGUGGACAUACAGACAAGCAAGUGGGGCCACGUUAGGGGUUCUUACAGAUGCCCUUGAAAAUGUAGGAAAAAGAAGUUCUGCGCGUACACUGUUAGGUACAGUGGAGCCCCGCAUGACGGCCACCUCGGUAAUACGGUCACCUCGUUAUUACGGCCGCUAUAUUUUGGCUUUGCAAAACGGCCAUACAUUUCCUGGUCACUUGUUGAUACGGCCAACGGCCACAUUUUAAAUCCCAAACAGUAGAAUCCCCUAUAAUUUAACACCGUUAAUACGGCCCUUAAUUUAGAAAGUAAUAUUACUAAUCGAACAGCCGAUUUAAUUCACCAGUUUA